AUUUACAUUCUUCUUUAUAAUCCAGUGCACUAUUUUAUUGUGUUAUUAAUAUAAUAAGAAACAUGGCGUAUCCGAACUGUUCUUUAAAAGUGAACAGAGAACUGCUGGACCCGAGCUUUGAAAGUUACAGACUGUCAUUAGACUCAAUUCCAUCUUAUAAUGUAGAACUGGACGCAGCUGUGGCAGAGGUGAAACUGAAGGACACCCAGUAUACUCUGGACCAUAUGAAAGCUUUUGGCAUGUACAACUAUCUUCACAUUGAUCCCUGGUAUGAGGAGAGUGUUUACUUCAUUGAUUGUAAAAGAAGAGUGCUCAGCCUGACAGUCACGUUGGACACAGCACUAGGAAAGCCUCGAGAAGUGUUCCGGAUGACCACCGAGCCCAGCUUACCUAGGGGGGAACAGCUGUGCGCUUCUCUGAGCCUGACCUCGGCUACAUGGGCCGCAUUGUCUGACGGGGCGGGGAUUCUGAUCCUUCUGCGCACCAGUAAGAGAGGGGAAAGCUCCCAGCUCAAAUGGGAGCCCAUGUUCAGUGAGAGUCUUGGGGAACCUUUCACCAUUCUGCACAGCAUUUCCCAUGUCCAAUCUGGCAUUCACAUCAUCGAGCUUCUGCUGUUACGUAUUCAGAAAGAUCCAGAUGACACCAAAGGCAGCGGCUUCUCCACCUCACUGGAGUGGCUUACUGUUGAAAACUCAGGGCAAGAAAAGAAGUAUGAAGUAAAAAAGAGGAGGUUGAUGAAGGGCAAGUCAGUCCCUCAUUACGCUGCUCUGGAGCCUGAGGGAAAGGGGCUGAUUGUGGCAUCAGAAAGACCCUUCAGAUUUACACAGGUGGAUGGAGUUCCACUAGAAGAACCAGCAUCUGAGGACAUGGAGGUAGAAAACACAGAUCCCAUCUAUUUCUGGCAGCAGACUGAGGAAGACAUCACAGUGUGUAUCCGUUUACCAGAGCACACAAUCAAAGACGACAUCCUUUUCAAGCUGUCAGUAGACAGUGUAUCAGUAGGGGUGAAGGACUAUGAGCCUUUGUUAAAGGGUCAGCUUUUUGCUCCUGUGGAUCCUGAAUCCAGCACCUGGACCAUCAAAGAUGACAAAAGUCUGGAGGUGACUUUGCAGAAGCGCAGCGAGGGGCCGCUCUGGACCGAGCUGGUGCUGGGUGAUAGGAGAGGACAGUAUGUUGUGGAUGAGGAUCAGGCUGCACAGAUUCAUCAAAGACUCGCUCAUCUCACUUCAGAAGAACUGAAUGCCAACCCAGAGAAAGAUUUGCCACCAUGUAAUGCUCAGGAACUGGAGGACUGUGAUGGGUUUCCAGAUGAUAGUUCAACACUGAUGCGGUUUGAUGGUGACACUCUGAAGCCUACUCAUGUGGUGAACUUAGGUAGUCACCAGUACCAGUUCAGCGUGGAUAUAACCCCAUCUGAAAUGCCAGCAAUCUGUCUUCGGCAUGAUGUGGAUGCCUUGCUGUGGCAGCCAUGCCCUAAGCAGCCCGACAACAUGUGGGAGCACAUUGCUACCUUUAAUGCACUGGGUUAUGUCCAGGCUUCGAAGAGGGAUAAAAAGUUUGCUACAUGUGCACCUAAUUUUUCUUAUGCAGCUUUGGCUGAGUGUGUAAGGCGAGUAUUUAUCUACCGACAGCCGUCAGCGGUGGACACGGUGCUCUUCAAUCGCAAACAGGGCCGUCAGGUUGGUCAGAUUGCCAAGCAACAGGUAGCCAGCCUGGAGUCCAGUGAGCCUGUGCUGGGCUUCAGGGCCACAAAUGAAAGACUGUUCGUUUUAACCUCUCACAACUUGUUUAUCCUCAAGGUGAAUAAUUAAAGAAAAGAAGCAGACAGUAAACUCUUAUUUUCCACUGAACCCGUAAAUGUAGUCAAUAGUGAAGAAAAUAUGGGGUCCAAAUUGGGCUUUUGAACUGGAAUUAUCAUUGUGCAUCAUACAACUGUGUACUGAAAUCAGCUCACAGACAAAACUUUAACCUUAAAUUUUAGGUGUCGCAGCAGUGUGUCUUUGCCUCUGAAGGCUGUGCUAGAGAAUAUUAAAGCUUUGUCUAUUAUGUUAACCCACUACCACUGAGAUCUGGGUUUGAAUUUUUCAUAAUGCUGUCAGCCAGCCUGGCAUCUACACAGACUUGAUUGACUAUGUCUUAAUGGGGAAAUGCUCUGCAAUGAAUUGGUGCCCUGUCCAGGGUAUUCCUGCCUUGCACCAAGUGUUUCCUGGUGAACCAGACCCACUGCUACCCUGACCAGGACAAAACAGUACUUUUCACCAUAUAGUAUAUUGAUAUACAAACUCCCAAAACUUGUAGGUGACAUUCUCAGGAUUGCAUAAGUGCAAAACUUGCAUGUAAAACAUGUAUGAACUUAAUGAUUAUAUUUCAGUUUGUAUAUUUUCUGUUGACAAUAUGCACUUCUAAUAAGAAUAUGUACUCCAGCUGUUUUCUAAGCCUUUAUGAUUAUGUAAAAUGGCAUAAUCAUAAUAAUCUCAUUUACAGUAUUUCAGUAUUGUGAAAAUAGUCUGAAUGUAGAAGUAUUUUUUUUUCUCUUUGAAGGCCAUAUGAUAUUCAAAAUUUUGAGUACCUCAGCAUCAUGCUGAUGAAUGGACCAAAUAUAUCUGUAAACGAUGCCUGUGUACCUCUUGAAUUAGUCAUUUUGUACACAAAUGCAUAAAUAAAAUGACACUUAAAGCAUCUUGGAUUAGAGAUAAUAAAUUUUUCAUAAUCCUUC